AUCUCAGUCUCCCCGCACACUAAUGUGGAGGAGUUGUUUUCUCACAACAGUAUGUGUGCGUGGUGAGACGGUGAGAGACACUCACUUUGCUUUCUCCGCCGCACGCCGCCGGCCGCCUUGUGUGGAGCAGGGCGCACGCCGCCGGCUGCCUUCUCUCGAGCAGGACGCAUCCUCUCCCGCCACGACGUCUUCUGCCCCCCUCCCCCUUCCCGCACCACCACCACCACCACCACCACAGCCUCACCCCGUCUCCUAUCCCCACGACGGCCUCGCCUCGCCGGCUCUUAUCCCCACCACGGCCUCGCCCCGCCACCUCCUCUCACCACCGCGGACUUGUCUCGCCGCCAACCCCGUGGAUCUUUCCUAGAUCGACUCUGCCGCCGCCAUCAUACUGCCGCAGAGCAGAUCGAGAUGCGAGAUGCUGGACACGAUGCGGGAGCAGGCAUCUUGAAUUGGACCGAGAUCCAGUGCGUCGACCUCACACAGUCUCUCCGGGAAGGAGUUCGCAGCUCGCGUAGGUGUUCGGUUGCUGAAGGCACCUUCACCACAUUGUCAUUCAUUUGUGAGAUGUUUCUGUUUCUCUAUGUUGGCAUGGAUGCAUUGGAUAUAGAGAUUUGGAAGAUUGUUAGCGGAACACAUAUACAGGCAACUGCGGGGACUACCAACAGGCGGCGUACCUGCUACGUGUUGGUGAUGAGCAAGCUAGCCAAGGGGCAGCAUAGUGAAUCGAUGAAGAAGCUGGAAUCCUAAUAGGAGGAAUAUUUUCAACUGGUUUGACGCAUGUUGGAGGAGAUGCUGGAGUCCAGGAGCCAGACGCCACCGUCGACGAUGACCCCUCCUACACCGGAGGUGCCUACUACUACGUGCU